UGCCGCGCACGGUCGGUUCCUUCUGUGACUCUUGUCCUCGACAAGCCUAGAUCGAGAUCACGAUACACCCGUACCCGAUCCACUGCGUGGUCUAUCAGGUGCCCACUGAAAUUGCGAACCUGGAAUCAUUCGACAGUUCUGCAAAGUUCACUUUUGACUCGACAGUGUUGCAACUGUGCGAUACAUCUUCAUUCAAGAAAUACAAUUUCAUGCUGUUGAUAGGAGUCAAAGAUUACCAGGGAGAUUUGGCUUCAAUAGUGUUCAAAUCCUAUUGAUAGAGACAUGAAAAGUCCGCGUGAAUUAUCGCCUGGAAUUACUUCACCUUUGACGGGUUCUUUUAUAAUUCCUAAUUGAACGGUGCUCCAACUGUGCAAGAGGAUUUCCCAACGUUGAAAAACUAUUUCGUACUGCAUAGAAUUGAUAGUAAUCAAGAACCACUGGCAACUCGGCUUCGAUAGUGUUCGAAACAACAAUGUUGUUGAAGGAGCCCAAGUAUAAAAGACCCACGUGAAUAAUUCCACCUUCGACAAUUCUCUUCUACCUCUUAACUCAACGAUGCUUCGAACUGUGUAUAAUACAACUUUCCAACAUUCAAAGACUAUCUCGCUUAAUAACAACCAAAAUCCCUGGUAAUUCAACUUCAACAGUGUUCAAAAGAAAAUCUUGCUGAAAGACUCCAAUCACGAAAUCCAUCUCGAUAUCCACGGGAAUUCUACUCUCGUCUACGACAUAGAUGCCACUAUUUGUUCUCAACGAGUAAGAUGGACCCUACAAGCCUCGAUCACCGUGGAUCGGUCUGGAAGGUCCCGGGAUCGAUGAUUCACCGGCUGCAACCGAACGCGAACACGUAAUCCGAAUGUCGUUAUUUAAUUCACCGUUCUCGCCGCUAAAGGACCAGCAGGGAUCCCCGGUGGAAAGGAAAUGGAAGAGACAGAGGAGACAGAGGAAGCAGAGAAACGACGACGAAGACGGCGAAGACGACGAAGAAGAGGACGCGACGUUGAAGGACGCCUCGAGGACUGAGAGAUAAUGGCUGCCACUCGCGAGCAAGCAAUAUCGAAAUCCUCAAACUGUUCCGUGAAUCUAGGUGCUAAUAGCAUCAUCGAAAACGGCGACGAUCCAGUGGAACACCGAAGAGUUCGUAAAAUGGGAAGAUUCACCGUGGAGAACUGCAAAGUCUCGAACGACGACGCGCGCUGGCAGGAUUCCGUACGAAGCACAAUGGGGAAAAAGAAGUCGCUCAUCCAGCGAGAUAAGACGUCCAGACCCGUCGAGCCUGCUGACCAGCUGAAAAGUUUCCACGCGCAGCCCCAAGAUCGCGAUACCCCGCAAGGGUACUUGAAGUUUCGCUCGCCAAAAAGCCUCAGCGUCGAGCUCGACGAAACCCAGAGGAAACAAGACUCGUGGACUCCCGAGAGCAUCUCCGUGAGGGCUAUCUAUAAAUUAGCCAGCUCGAGGGAGACGAACAAUGGGGAUCGGCGCGAGGAUUCGCCGCGUGCUAGCGCGCACGCAGCUCGGAAUAGCGCCGGUCCGAUCGUCGAUAAUGGCGACGGUCUUGCCGGAGGCUGCUCUCCGACGGAAGUACCUCGUAAACUCGAGGAUUCCCUUAAAGACUCCUCCAAGCCAGCCGUAAAGAGACAGGACGUCGCGGAUAUGACGCCUCGGCCUUCGUCCGUGAACCUGGUCCCCAGGAUCGAAUCCUCGAACGACGCGACGUCCAUUCGCAGACCCAGGUGGCAGAUCAGCCAGGCCAAGUGCGAGAAUUGCGGCGAGCCGGAUUUCUCGCGGGAGAGGCAACCUUAUCUGCGCAAGUACCGCGGUUAUCUCGACGGCGAGGGGCUGGUGCACGAGGAAGCGAACGGACACGGGGUCGGCAGCCCCGUGCCCCUCUACCGCAGCAGGUCGUUGCCGCGGUUGUCGGUGCACGACAGCGGCGUCGCGUGCAGCGGAAACGAGCAUACACCCGUCGCGGGUCAGACGCACAACGCCAAGCAGUUGGUGGCCGAUUUCAAGCAGCUGCACACGCUCAAGCAGCAUUACUAUCCCGAGGGAGGCUGGGGAUGGGUCGUGCUGGUCGUUGGGGUGCUGGUCCAGGUCCUGUCGCACGGAAUCCACGGCGCCGGCGGCGUCGUCCUGCAGCAGGUGGCUGAGAUGUUCGGCCAACAUGCGUACAGGGAAUCAGGAUGGCUAGGUGCAAUGUCGACAGGAGUUGCCCUGCUGGUUUCACCUGUGACGAUAGCGUUUUGUCGAAGAAAGAGCACCAGGCUCACUGCAGUUUUGGGCGGACUCGUUACUGCGCUUGGUUGUCUCUUCACUUCGUUCGCAUCGCAGUUCCAUCAGCUGUUCUUCAGCUACGGGACUGUUGUUGGUAUAGGUGUUGGCAUGACGAGGGAUUGCAGUACUCUGAUGGUGGCGCAAUAUUUCAAGAGAAGAAGGGAGCUGGUCGAGAUUUUCAUUGUGUCCGGAAGUGGCCUUGGUAUCGCUGUCAUGUCAGCGUUCAUAAAAGGAGCGAUUAGCAAGAUUGGUUGGCGCUUGGGUCUUCAGGCGGUGACAGGCGUGGUUUUCCUCACUUUUAUUUUGGGCACUUUUUAUCGAAGCGCGUCCCUGUAUCAUCCCCAGCGCAGAGCGAUUCUUCACCUGAAAAAUCAAAAGCGCAAGAUCAAGGACAAGAACAAGACGGACGACAGGCCGCCGUUCUUCGACUUCAGCACGCUGAAGAGCAAGACCGUUAGGAUACUGCUAGUGUCCACUGGAAUAUCCGCCUUUGGGAUCAACACGCCGAUAUUUUACUUGGCACAUCAGGCUGAGGAAGAAGGUCUGGGCGACACGGUGAUUCUGCUCCAGGCGUAUCUGGGCCUUGCCUGGACCCUAGGUUGCGUGGCCUUUGGUCUUCUCGUUGUCCAUCGCAGCGUGGAAUGCAGGAUAGCGCGUCAGUACCUGACGCAGGCGGCAGUCUUCGUCUGCGGACUCUGCAUCCUGGCCCUCACCGCUGUUCAAGGGAAUUAUCACGGAUACGUCAUGUUUGCCUGGAUUUACGGCAUCUUCUGUGGCGGCUACCACUACAGCCUCAAAAUGUACACGUACGAGAGAGUGAGGGCGAGGAACUUUGCAAGAACUUGGGGUUUUGUGCAAUGCUCUCAAGCCAUACCAAUUGCAAUCGGUGUUCCCAUUUCUGGAUACAUGAACGUCGGCUGCGGCGGAAAGGCUGGUUACUAUUUCAGCUCCACCUGCGUUCUCGUCGGCAGUUUCACCCUAUUUUUCAUAGAUCUUCAUAGAAGGAAUUUGUCGAGGCACAAACACACCAGGUCCAACGGGACCAAGCAUCUCUGCAUUUCGGACGCUUGCCCGCAACGUCGACGACUGUCGUUCAGCCAGGAACCGGAAAACGACGUUCCACACGUCGCAGCAGCUGGGGCUGCCGCGGCUGCGCUCGUUCUUGGCACGGAUAUUUCACCACCACCAGGUGAGAUGAUCGACGCGAUCGCCCCUGAGAAACCUGAACUGACCUGCAUCUCCGAGGAGGGGAUCGCCGACAUGGAUCUCCCGGACAACAUGCUCGAGGAUCUCGAUUACAUAGGCGAUUGCAUAACCUCGUGCAACAAGGUCGAGAACUAUCUGAUGCUCUCGGAGUUCGAGAAUAAUCUGAUCGCCGAGAUGCCGAUCAUCACCGAUCGUCGAGGUCGCAGAUGGUCCCUGGCGCGAUCGAAAGGUAGUCGAACGAAUUUCGAACGAGCAGUGGGAGUUCAACCGACGAUCGAAGAAGCCAAACCGAAAUGGCACGCAGCAAAUGUUGCUCCUAGUAAUAGGGUGAUCACAGUGAUCGACGAAGCCAGCGCGUAACACGAUCGAGAUUGAAUAACGGAUCCACAAGAUCUAACGACACUCGAGGAAAAUAGUCAAUGUAUGGAUCGAUAACUACAUUGUGCUGUACCAUAAAUAUUCGUUGUUUUCUAAGUGUAAUCGAAUAACAUAUUGAUUACAAAGCGGAGGCACAUGUGCUCCGAACCUUGGCGAUCGUUGGCACAUGUGCCUUCGAUUGCCUCGCUUGAUUCUUUGAUCCACAUACGAUUUCCUGCCAACAGUGAAUGAAUAGCUUGACCUGUAAACUUUUACAACGAUAUGUGACACUCAAAUUCAUUUAAAAAUUUUAUCCCUUCAUUUGAUUAAAAAAAAAAAAAAAUAGCAAAUAAUUAUGGUACAACCCAGUACUCCGUAAAGAGCCACGAAUUCACUUUUUUAUUAACCUUGUUCUCCAGAAACAAAAUGUAAAUACAAGAACUGUAUCGAGCAGGGUGAAAGGGCGAGGUUAACGACCCCCAAGUACAACCUAAUUUAAAUUCAUGGCCAACGAAUUGAUUUUCGAAACAGUCGAUCGCAAUAGUACAAAAAUAAAGGAUAUUAUUGUGCAAUUAUUAAUACAGUAUAAAUUAAAGACUCGUACUAACAGUGCCACUUGUGUUUUGGGAGUAACGAGGAACUGAUUUUUCUUAUCAUUGCACUGCCUUCGAGAAUUCGUCUUGGUUGUUCCUUUUUUGAUUUAAGGUACCGUUAGAAGUCGUAAUAGCGAUAGUCGGCGAACAAUGGCACGCUAAUCUGUACAGCGUUCGGCGCUCGAUAGGAGCGCGAGAUUCCAGUAGGGGUCGCUUAAUUCGCGGUGCAAUUAAGGACAAUAACGUCGACUUUCGACGAGAGGAACCACGGAAACGUUCCGUCCACAGGGGAGUAACCUCGACUCGCCGUCGGCGUAUUUGUUUACGCUUCGUGCCAGUUCACUGCCACGCGUAGAUGCACAAGUUAAACGAUCACCUAUUCCCACGAAAACCUAGAAACUCCGUAUUUUUAUAGAGAUCAAAUCCAGAGGUUUACAAUUCUUCAGAUUCAUCCGCAAGAAAAAGCCACUGUUCUAAGUUCAUUUCACAAAUUUUUUCGGGAUAAUUACGCUGAUAAAUAUAUUCAAAAAUUAAAUAAAAAUGUCAUGAUCUGCAAUAUCAGCAAUAGCUAGGAGGUUUAUCGAUUAGAAGUCGAAGGAGGAACGAAUACCAAUCAAAGAAAUAAGAUAAUAAAAGAAGUGAAAUCCACUGAACCGAAAACCUAAUUUUUAACACAAUCAUCUACAUCGAUAUCCUUGCCAACACUGAAACAUGCAAAUCUCUACUCGAGACCAGCAGUUAAAAAUUGAAAAGCAAUUUUUAAUGAGCCUUGUAAUUUGUAAUUGAAUUCUGGAGAUUCACUGGAAUAAAUUAGAGUGGCGAAUGGUGAUCGUUUAAUUCCUGUCGAUGUAUAAAACUAGAAACCGUGACCUGGAGUGUCCAUCGAGGAGAAAUCGGUUGAACUAAAGGUCGAUGCUUACACGUAGGCGAAGCUAGCUAAAGGUAUUGAAACUAGUCCAAUCGGAGCUCGUACGCAGCGAUAAGUGGUAUAGUAUAACGAUGCAAAUAUAUAGCCAGAAGACAAGAAUUUAUCUUUGUACCGUCGUUCGAGACGUUUUGAGAGCUUUUCGACGAGCAAACGUUCCUCUUCGGGGAACGAGCGAGCCGCGAACGGUACAAGAGCCCAGAGAUAACGAUAACUAUUUAUUUAACAAACUAUUUAUAUUAGAAAUUACAUACGCAUGUCAUGUACAUAGACACUCGCUUCUAUACGUGAUGACAAACGUGUAUCCAUGCGUGUGGUAAUGCAAUCUAGAUUAUUAUCGAUUAAGGAGCUCCGGAUUAGUCGAGCGCGAUGAAUUUCCAACUAAAUUCGAUUCUAAAAUAAAUUUCUAAAAGAAGGAAUUAGUAUUAAAGUAAAAAGAGAUUGCAAUUUCUUGCGGUUGAGUUAGCGCGAAAAUAAUUUUAUUCUUUCGCACCGAGAUGAUAUUUUGGAAAAUAUUGAAUACGAAGAGCGGUGAUAACAAAGAUGAUGUUGAAGAUAUUUUCAUCGAACGAUCCAGUCGCGAAAUAUUUUUAAUUAAAGGUGCCCCGUGUUCGCAGGAUGUUAAACGAGCAACAUUUUCAGUUGCGUUCGUCGUAUCAUCGCUAUCGAGACGAUAACGCGAGACAACUAGUCGACCGUGUAAACGAAUGUGUGUACAAGGAACAAUAAUUUACGAAUUACCGUUUAUUCCGCGAAAUACAGCAAGUCGAGCAACACCGAACAAACUGCCUAUAUUGUAAUACUGUAACGUUGUUAAUACAAAAUUGUGAUUUUACCAAA